ACCGACAUGACAUCACACAACACAACACGCGCCCAACCCUUCAUCAAUUGCUUCUUUCUCACUCACUGAAACCCAAUCCCUACUUUGCUGCAUUUGCAUUCCCAGAUUCAUUUUUCUGACAACACAAUCUUAAUUUUCCCACAUUUCGCUAACUCAAUUACCCUUUCAUUCCUUUCAUUCCUCUUUCCAGAUUCUAUUUUCUUAGAAGUUGGAAUAGAGAAUUAGAGCUGGGUGGAUGGAGGAUGACAAGAGGAAGAGGAAGAACAAGAAGAAGAAGAACAAGCAGAACAAGAAUGUGGAAAAUGGGGUUGGAGAAACUGCCAAUAGGGAUCAGAAUCUGGUGAGUAAUGGAAAGGAUGAGCAUACUAAUCUUUCCGAGACUGCAAAUGAGCAAAGCUCGAAUGUUGAUUCGAAUGGGGUUGGAGAGACAUCAAGUAGGGAUCAGAAUCUGGUAAAUAAUGGUAAGGAUGAACCUGCUCUUCUUUCAGGAGUCACCCAUGAGCAAAGUAUGAACGCAGAUCGGAACGGGGUUGUUGAAACCCCCAAUAGCGAUCAAAAUCUGGUGAAAAGUGGAAAGGAUAAGAAUAUUCCACCAUUGGAGUUUGCAGAUGGGCAAAGCACUAAUAUGGAUUCAAAUGGUCAUCUGCCAAAUGGUAAAGAAUGUGCCAUAUCAGAAGAGACAAUCAGGAAAUUAAAAGAAGAAAAUGAUAUACAUAUUCAGAAAGAGACUUUAUCAAAGGAGACAAUCAGGAAAUUAAAGGCAGAAAAUGAUAUGCACAUUCAAAAGGAGGCCAUAAUGGAAGAGACAAUCAGAAAAUUAACAGAACAAAAUGACUUGCAUAUGCAGAAAGAGAUUGCAUCAGAAGAGACUAUCAGAAAAUUGAAAGAAAAACAUGAUGUGCAUGUUCAGAAAGAGGCUAUAUCAGAAGAUACAAUUAGAAAUUUGAAAGAAAAAAAUGAUAUGCACAUGCAGAAAGAGACCCUGUCACAGGAGACAAUAAGAAAAUUGAAAGAAGAAAAUGAAGGGCACAUUCAGAAAGAGGCCAUAUCAAAGGAGACAAUUAAAAAAUUCGAAGAAGAAAAUGAUAAACUAGUUCAGAAAGAGACUAGUCUGGAAAUGAGAAUUGCACAAUUGCAAAGUGAGAAUAAUUCCUUACUUCAAAAAGAGGCUGGAUUGGUGGAAAGAAGUAAUCAGUUGCUGAAUGAAAAGGUAGUUUUGAGCCUGAAAGCUGAGAGUUUAGAGCGAAAAAUAAAUCUUCUGGAGAAUGAUUUGAGUUCUUUUUGUGAGAAAGAAGUUGGACUGGAAACAAGAUUCACACAAUUGCACAGCGAGAAUAAUUCCUUACUUCAAAAAGAGGCUACAUUGGUGGAAAGAACCAAUCAGUUGCUGAAUGAAAAGGAAGUUUUGAGCCUGAAAGGGGAGAGUUUAGAACAAAAAAUAUAUCUUCUGGAGAGCGAUUUGAGUUCUUUAGUCGAGAAGGAGAAUUCAGCUAAAGACACUAUUUCAAAGCUGAAUGGCAACAUUGCUGUGCUACAGGUGCAGGUGGAAGAGUUGGAGGAGUCCAGGAAUAAUCUUUUUCUAGAAAACCAGCAAUUGAGGGAAAAAGUGUCGAGUCUAGAGUCAACGGUCCAAAAUCAUGAAAACAGUAACGCUUCUUCCUGCUCACGGGAUGCACCUGAAAAGGAUCUUGCUUCUGAAAACAAGGACUUGAAGUCUGAAAUUGAAGCAGCCUUUACGUUGGUGGAGAAAUUGAUGGCUGAAAAUGCGGAACUUGUGGAGAAGGUCACCGAGUUAUGUGUUGAGUUGGAUCACCAAAGUGCAGUCACUGAACCCAAUGAGAUGACUGAAUUUGCUAAACCUACUGGUGUUGCCAUUCCUCCACCAGAAUCUGCUGAGUAUGCGUCUGUGUCGGCCCCCAAGUUGAAUUCAUUGGAAGAGACUUCAGUGAAGGAUAAUGGUAACUCUUUUAAUGACGCUAAGCAUGUUGUUGGGGUAAUGUCAAACUCGUCGUUGUUAUCUGAUGAUGCUGGAGAAAUCGUGCAAAUUCCAUUGGAUGAUAAUGAAAUACAAGAUAUAGAGUUGCAGGAUGCUAAGAAUGUGGAAAAUGAUGCUGAUGCCGUGCCAAUUACAGAUGCUCCCCUUAUCGGUGCUCCAUUUCGUUUGAUAUCAUUUGUUGCUAAUUUUGUUAGUGGUGCUGACUUGGUUGACCCAAGCUCUUCAAACACCGCUCGUUGACGUGGUUGACCAAAGCUCCUUUUUAUUGGCAGUCUUGAACAUACAAUAACCUCACUUACAUUAGGCAGAAUACCAAUAUAGGUUGGCCUAAUUUGGGCCAUUUUAAUGUUUGUAUGUUAAUUCUUUGAACAAGGAAAUACAGUACUGGGGAAAAGUAUAUAGUUUUAUGUGUGUUCUUACUUCAUAUUGCUUUCACUUUUGGAAAUUAUACCUUUAAAAAAUGGCAUCGUGAAUAAACAUGUAGUAAUUGGUGACUC